CUGCGGCAGUUGCAGCAGCAGCAGCAGCAGCAGUGCUUCGGCAACAACAUCGUUGCGUGUUUUGAACAGUCCGCUGACGUUCGCUCGUCGUAUUUGCGUCAACAAUAUCGUCAAGUGCAACUGUCAGCAAGUCUUUAAUUGUUUCCCUAUAAACCUCGCUCAAGAUGGAGUUCGUCAAGCCGGGGCUGAACGUCCUUAUCGUGUGGGGCUCGUCCGCUCCCGGAGAGAGACUGCAAUCCGUCGUGGAGGAGGCCAAGAAACUUGUCGGUGACAACGGACUGGUUGCAGUAGAAAAUGUCGACAGACUUGCCAUAGGUGCUCACCCUGCGUCACAUUUUGACCUAGUUCUGUCUGGUCUCGUCCAGCCGGGUGGUCUCUCACACUCAAACGACACUUUUGUGGAAAUUCUACGUGUGCUGAAGCCCAACGGUCUCCUCGUUGUCAGAGAACCUACUGGAACUGCCACUGGCUUGCGUACUCCUGAAAAACUGUCCUCGACUCUGAAGAUAAGUGGGUUUACAUCACUGUCUCAGAUUCCCCAGUCAGAUGCUGAAGAGGGAGCUUCUGUAGUUCAAUUUAAGUGCCAAAAACCAAACUUUGAGGUGGGUUCAUCUGCCGCCCUGUCUCUUCCCAAACCAGCUGAUUCGGUGGCAGCUGUAUGGAAGAUUGAUGAUGUAGAGGACGAUACCGUUGAUUUGAUUGACUCAGAUCAAUUGCUAGAUGAGGAAGAUCUGAAGAAGCCUGACGCUGCCUCCUUAAAAGUAUGUGGCACAACUGGUGUGAGGAAAGCCUGCAAGAACUGCAGUUGUGGUCUUGCAGAGGAACUUGCCGCUGAAGGGGGAAAGAAAGAAGAAACCACGACUAAAACCUCAUCUUGUGGCAGUUGCUACCUUGGUGAUGCAUUCAGAUGUGCAAGUUGCCCUUACUUAGGUAUGCCAGCAUUUAAACCAGGUGAAAAAGUCCAGCUGGCCAAUGUUUGAUUGGGAUCUGUGUUGCAGCCCAGGUACUCUUAUGCGUGUAAAUAUUACAUUUUCCAUGAACCAUAGCUUUAGGACAACUUAACUCUUAUUGUUAGUUGUUGAUUUGAUUAUAGAUUUUCAAAUAGCA